AUGGAUAAUGACUGCAUGUCUGUGUACAUGUUCCGCUUUGCCCGUUGGCCUAUGAAGCUACUUGGUAACGCUGGAUUGUCAGUACAGCCCGGGGUGUAUGUGGACAGUGGCGUUGGGUUUCACGAGAUUGAAGGCGUCAGUAAAUACAUCCGCGUUGGUCAAAAUCCAAAGCAACAAACUGUGGAGACUGUCAUAGGACAGAAAUUGCCGCCAGGAAACAACAGAGAGCUGUCUGUCGAAGACAAGUCACAAGACUCCAUUCUUCGUUUUCUUAACCGCCAAAUAUUAAGUGUUACUGGCAAAGACAAAUCUGGGGCGAAGAAAGCAGAUUCUCUUUUUGACAAUCUAAGCACUGAAUUGGAAGUAAAAAUAAAACUAAUGACGUGGGAAUUUCAGAAGACAGCACUUGCUAUGAAAGAAAACUUCAAAAAUGACAGCGAACGAGAAGAAGCGCUACAGACAAUCGAAGGGGACAUCGAUGUAAAAAUGUCAGCAAUCGCGAAAGAAUUCGGCGAAACGGAAAAUGCCGAACAGGAACCGGACCUAGCGACAAUAGGCGAUGCGAUUAAACGACGAAUGAGGUUAAUUUUCAGUAACAACGUUCAUUACGACAAAGACAACUUGUAGAUGUGUGCAUUUUUUGUUUUUAUUCAUUGUAUGAGACAAUAUUGUUAUAAUCCUAUAGAAAAAACACUAUUUAAUAUUUAGAAUGUUAAGCGGACGAGAAAAAAAAACACAAAGGAAAAUGAAUCAUUGUUGUUGUAUUAGGCCUACUAACAUAAUUCAAAUGUUCGUACACAAUGUGAAAGGUUCCUACAACGCACUCGUAAAUUGAACACGGGGUCUGGGCUCACAAGCCAGGGUGCGCAUCUUUCCUUGGCGUUGGGUCCACUGUGCAAAUGGAAGAUUCGCCACUCCUCUUCACAACGUUCUGCUUACCCUUCUCAGCAUUAGCUAAUACCUAUUUUUUUUACUCCUGAGAAUAGAGAAAAAUUGUUGUUUUAUCGCUAUGCUUGCUGUUGUUGCUGUUGUUAUUAAAAGUAGGUAAAUAUCUAACAACUUUGAUCUGACUAGCAACACAUCUUUAAUACCGAUGUAUAACCUUAACGUAAAGUUGUAGCCUAGUGUACCAGAUGUACCCGCCUUCAGUCCCAGGGGCUUGAGUUCAUAUCCCUUCUUCUCAUGACAACAACUCUUUAAGCCUUGUCAUGAGAGUAGACCCGCUACGGAUGAGAAUUAUUUUUGUUUCCAAUUCAGAUUUAUGGUCACAAAGCGUUGUAUAUUUUAAAGAAAGAAAAAUAAAAUAAUAAAACGAACAAAAUAA